AUGCUCAUACAACAACAGGCACUCGUCACGGCAAUCAGUGUCGACGAUGCACUAGCAGACUUGAGAGCGCUCAAGAGCCAGUCAACAUCCUCAUCGUCGGCGAAAGUGACCAAGAAUCCAGACGCGACAGAUGAUGGCCACAGCACAGAGGGCUUAUUGGCUCUCGGACGGAAGCUGCUGGCAUCCAACUCCAGCUCCAUUGCAGGCCCAAGUGCUGGUGCGUUGACCAUCACAGAUUUGGCAUCCUUCGAUGCAGCGCUCGAUACGCUCUUCCCAGCGCCUAGCCGCCGUUCUCAAGGCGAGCGAGAGGAAGUAACGGCGCCGGCAACGAUGGCAAAAGCAAACACAGCUGCAGUCGAAGCGGCCAGGUACUAUAUUCAGAUCUGCAGCGACUGUCUGCGCUUCGACGGGUCUACUCUUCUGCCCGGCUCUAGCCGUAGCCAGAAGGUCUCAGACACUGCCUUUUCGCGGCCAGACAUUGAUCCGAGAGAGCCUUCGCACAUUGAUCGGAUGUACAAGCAAGUAGCGGAGAUGCAGAGCCGCACGGACGAAGCGGUUGCACAGCUUAAGACGGCUAUUGAGAGAUUGGAGGCGCUGAGCAAGCGGUAG